CGAAAAUUCUGUUGAAAUGGUAAUGGGCGGGGAGGCAGAGCACAUUAUUUCAGAUCGCCUUUGACAUAGACUACAAGGUAAAUCAAAAUCACCACUUUUCUUUUUCUUCUCACCGAGUACCGUCCCACGCCUCCAACACCAUAUCACGUCAACCAUCUCCUCCUCGUAGUGUCAUUCCCCCAACCCAGUCGUACACAUUUGGCGGGAGCCAGUCCCCGGGAUUCCAUGCUAUGUCGACGGGACAUCUCGAAUGGACGACAGGUCCGCGUUUCCCGAACCAACAACCAACUUCGACCAACUCCACCGUCAGCGGAACCAGCAAUUACAAAUACGACACCCUUCAGGUUCCGUACUCGAUGGCUCUCUCAGAUGACGGUGAAGAGCUCACGGAUGUGUUCGAAACUCACCACGGCGAGCGUGUAGUACGGCGGAGAAGUAGCAAAGCUUGCGACCAAUGUCGUAAAUCAAAAUGCAAAUGCGAGCGAACAUCACCCACCGAACCGUGCAGGAACUGCGUCAUGCUUGGAACCGAGUGCACUUCUGUUGGACCUUCACGGAAACGCGGUCCGCCGAAAGGCUACAUCGAUGCCAUCGAAGCGCGACUUCACCAGAUGGAAGCGCUGCUGGGAAUAAUGCUGUCUUGUGACGAUGAUCGAGCAACAACCCUUCUCAAGGAUCUUUCUCAGGAUCCUCUGGCAAACCAUAUCAUCAAUCGGGUUGCCAACUCUUCUUACGGAGUGAAGGGCAGGGCACGAGGUAGCGAACAAAUCAGCAAUGAAAGUAAAGGACGAUACGUGCAAGCAAAGCAAAGCGAUGCCAACGGAGAGAUAGCAUCAACACAUCCCUCGAAUGAGUGGCAAGAUACUGUCGUUGCCAUGCUUCACAGCAAAUGCAAGGUGAAGGAUAGAAAACUGGCCACACCGCAAAAUCCCGUCAUCGACGUCUCAGACGACGCACUGGCAGACCAGCUUCCGUCCAGACGCCCCCUGCUGAGUCUCAAGAUUAGUGACCGGUCCUUGACCGCCAACGCUGAUGAUAGCAGAGGGGGUUCUCCAACUCGUCGACAGCGACGAAGAAUCAAUGAAAACCGUCCCGGCCGUAGUGAAAUCGAUAGUGCUCAAAAGUCAGCUUCGACGCCCUCCACCUCAAAGUCUAUCAGUGCAAAAUCCAGUCAAUCGUCCCGUUCUCCAGAGCAAUCAUUUAGGAUUUUGCCGUCAUCUCAUUCUGCUGAGCUUGAAGCUCACAGCUCUCUGCCUCCUUCCGCCGGUAGUCAGAGCCCAAAAUCCUCAGAGACGAGGAGCCGUACCUACGCCACUCAGACGAGCACCAUCAUCAAUAAAGGAUAUGGGUCGGACGAUGAAGAGGACGUUCCUGAUGCAGUAGGACAGCUGAGUUUAAAUGAAGAGGAGCAAGUGAGGUACCAUGGGAAAGCAAGCGGUCUUUAUCUACUAGGCGCAGAGGACAGGAAUGACGAUAGAAAUGCGGGAGGUAUCUGGCGAUUUCCCAAAGCCAGAGUCUGGCCCCCUGUAUCAGAAGUAUCUUAUCCUGAUGCAGACUCCAUCAGUCGACCUCCUCCACCCGAUGUGCAAGAGAAACUCCUGGACCUCUAUUUCAUUCAUGUCCACCCCAUCUUUCCUGUAAUCCAUAAACAGUCCUUCUUCGACAACUUACGCGCCUUCCCUCAUGGUGGUUCUCGCACCGUCACACCUCAACGAGCUCCCGUCUUCCCCGACUCUCACCCCAUGGGGGCUUCAUCCGCUUACAAUAGUCGACGACGUCGCGUUCCUCCGCUUUUGUUAUUUGCCAUGUUCGCGGUAGCAGCUCGCUAUUCAAACCCGCCUAAUCGCCCCGAAUUUUCUCAUGAUUCCAGCAUCACCGAAGCCAUACCCAUGUGGGAUGCCGGUGACGAAUACCUGGAAGAGGCGCGACAGAUACUCGAGCGCUCAUACGCAAGCUCGCGACCGGAGACUUGUCAGGCUCUUCUAUUAAUGGGUUACAGGGAAAUCGGAAUUGGAGCCAUGACAGAAGCUUGGAUGUAUGUGGGUCUGGCAAUCCGUAUGGCACAAGAUUUGGGUAUGCACCGCCGAGCAGACGGGUGGGCUCGAGCGGUCCUUGGCGGCAGACUAUUCGGAGGUUGGGAAUUGCAGGAACGUCGUCGAAUCUGGUUUGGCUGUGUGGUUAUGGACAAAUAUGUCUCUUCUUACAUUGGCCGACCUUUGAUGAUUUUCGAAAGGGACUUUGACACACUUUUGCCUGACGAAGAAGACCCGGAAGAAGGAGAACUUUGGCCUCACCAUGAGUCCUCCAAAGUCGAACACUCCGCUUCCAACGGAAUUCCCGGAAGAAUCAUUUCCUGUUUCAACACUGCAGUGACAUUGUCUGGAAUCCUCAGCAUGAUUAUCCAGGCUAUUUACGCCGUACGUCCUGUCUGCAGCCGGCAUGGAGAGUCUGUGUUCCUGGAAGGUAUACUCGACAGAUGGUUUCUUGACCUACCGGAGCAUCUCAGAUAUGAACCAUCACCCAUAUAUGUCCCUCUGCCUCAGGUACUCACCUUGCACAUGCAGUAUUGGUCCACAGUGCUCCUUUUACAUCGGCCUUUUAUACAUCCAAAAAGUAGAGCUGAAUCAGAACCAAAGGACGAUAGUGACCUUCGUUCUGAGUCUCGAAGACACCACGAAAUGUCAACUGCUGCAGCUAACCGGAUAACUGCUCUAGAAUACAGCGGCUUUGUACAUGGACCAUUAUUCGCUCAAAUCUUGUCCCGCAUUCCUCUGCUAUUACGUUUUCUCCGCCAGUAUCAUGCAUUUGACAACCAUGACCACCUUUCCUAGUGACCCUCAAGCCCGCAUUGGCUUGAAUAAGUGUAUGGAUGUACUUCAAGCCAUGGAAGUUGUCUGGCCGAGUGCCGGUCGUGCGCUCGAACUACUUAAAGGCUCGAAGGCCAACUCAACAGAAGAUGAGCCCAUCGUACCACCCUCGACUAAUAAUGUCGACCGCCGUAAACGCCCCUACGUCAAUAUUUCCGAGAUGACUCCUUUGCGCUCUCAAUUAUUGUUCCCCGAAUAUUCACUUCCUGAAACUUAUGAUGCCCACGCUCAACAACCCCGUUCCCCUACUACCCUCCCUUCUGGCCCUUCCUCUACCACUGCCACCUACUACCAUCCGGAUUAUCGAUGGGUGCCGAAUCAUUCGUUCGAGAAUAUGCAGUAUGCGGGGUCACUCACAACCUCUGUCUUGCCGCAAUCUUACAGUACUGGCUUGACGGAUGAUAGUGGCAUGGUUGAGGACCAUCGUCCCAACCUACCAUCCUCAGUCUCCCAUCAUUCCGAUUCACCUGCUCAUUCGCGCUAUCCUCCCGAAUACUGGAACAAUUACAGCCCCUACCCUCAAAUGACCGACAAUUCAUACGACCGGGUUCAUGAACAGCCCCAACCCUCCACCGUUCAACACCAUCCCGCGCCAUCUCAAAUGUUCCUACACCAACCUUAUAGUACAUACAAUGAUUCGGUUUAAACCAUCCGUCUCCCAACCCAAUUCCAUUUGGUUGCUUGCCGUCAUUGUCAAGGUUGUAUCGUCCCCGUAUAUUCAGACUUAUUGAAUGAUAGAAACAUUUAAUUCAACACCC